AAGUGACCGGAGGUGUAGGAGUCCCUCGCUCUCUUUUUCUUUCCUGCUUUCCCUUCUCCAACAUUCCCCCCCGGACGCCGACGCCACACAUCUAGAGCCACAGCGACCACGAUGGCCAGACGCCUCCAUUCUCAGUGAUCUGUGAGCAUGUUGGCCUUAUGAGAUCCAGGUUGACUGCAGAGGCGGAGCUCAGACGAAUCGCAGAGAACUACACCACACUGGUUUCCUUCAUGUCUGGCCACAGCCAGCCAGCAAGUUGGCCAGCAAGCAGCAAUGACAGUGACGUACUCCCGCAGAGUUGCUGAUGCAGGUCUGGGGACCUUCUUUCACCUGCUCCUGAGAUGGAAGGGCAGCAUCUAUAAACUAGUCUACAGAGAACUCGUCAUCUUCAGCCUACUCUACUCCUUCUUCAGUAUUGUUUAUAGGUUUGUGUUGAACGAGGACCAGAGGAAGCUGUUUGAGAAGCUCUCCAUAUACUGCGACCGCUACGCAGAGCUCAUCCCUGUGUCGUUUGUGUUGGGUUUCUACGUGACCUUGGUCGUGUCCCGCUGGUGGGGCCAGUAUGAGAACGUACCCUGGCCAGACCGCCUGGCGGCUUUAGUAGGAGGUCAUGUUCGCGGGGCAGAUGAGUCCGCCCGGCUGACUCGUAGGACUCUGAUGAGGUACGCCAACCUGUCUGGAGUUCUCAUCUACCGCUCCGUCAGCACGGCCGUCUACAAGAGGUUCCCCACCAUGGAGCAUCUGGUGCAGGCAGGUUUGAUGACGUCAGAAGAGCUGAGGCACCUGGAAGAUUUGCCGUCGCCUCAUAACAAGUUCUGGGUGCCCUGCAUGUGGUUCGUCAGCCUGGCUCUGAGAGCACGGACCGAGGGUCGCAUCAACAACGACGUGGCCCUCACAGCCAUUCUCACGGAGUUGAAUAGUUUACGGGCAAAGUGUAUGAAGCUGUACGGUUAUGACUGGAUCAGCCUGCCUCUUGUCUAUACUCAGGUGGUUACCGUGGCAGUCUACAGCUUCUUCCUGGCUUGUCUCAUCGGUCGUCAGUUCUUGGAUCCAGCUCAGGGGUACCCUGGUCACGAUCUGGACUUCUACCUGCCUGUUUUUACCCUGCUGCAGUUUUUCUUCUAUGUCGGUUGGCUGAAGGUGGCUGAGCAACUCAUAAAUCCUUUUGGCGAAGACGACGAUGACUUUGAAACCAACUGGCUUGUUGAUCGUAAUUUGCAGGUGUCCUUGUUGUCUGUGGAUGAGAUGUACGACAGCCUGCCGCUGGUUGAGAAGGACAUGUACUGGAAUGAGUCUGAACCGCGGCCUCCAUAUACAGCUGCCAGUGCUGAACACCGCAAACCCUCCUUCAUGGGCUCAGCGCUGGAUAUCAGUGUUCCUAAGGAGGAGAUGGAGUUUCAGUCCAAUCUGGAGCAGAUCAAAGAGCACGAGGAAGCCAACUACUCCACCCCGCUGCUUGGAGGUCUGGGUCGUCUUCUCGGUGUCCACUCCCCCAGCUUCCCUCGCUCCUCCCGCGUCUCUCUGCUGCGCCGCCGCCCUGGAGCUCCACUGAGCCGCUUCCCUCUUUACCUGCACCAGGAGGCUCCGCUGACUCAAAACCGCCAGCCUCUGAACCAGGAGCGAGACCCCGACUACGCUUUCUCCACCACGCCCUUGUAUGAGAGACCGGGCUUCUACAGCUGCCCACAAACCCCCAUCCACUGCGUGCCCCCUGCACUGCCCCGACCCCGACCUGCCCGGAGAACCCAAAACGAGUGGGAUCGCAGCUGCAGCUCCCUCGCUCAUCCAAUGGCGGGCUCGCAGGUGCUACCUCCCGAUACCCCUAACCACAUCCCCCCACCACCGUCCUCUGCUUUCCCCUGGCUGAGUGAGGACGGCGAGAUGCAGAGCGCCCCCACCUUCUCCUUCCCCGAGCCUCUACCUGAACUUUCCCCAAUAUCUAAGCUCAGACCGGGACAAGGCCUGCUGUCGAGGCGGCCCCCGCCUCCUCGCCUCACUCUAGACACCCUCCCGCCGGCUGAGAGCCAGGCUGGACCCCCAAGCGCUCGGGCCGCAGGGAGUGGAGGAGAAAGGGUAUUCUCGUUCACUCCUCCAUCUCGCGCAGCGGCAGCAAAUCCCAGUAAUCCCAACAGCAGCUCUAGCAGCAUUAAUGCAACAAGCGCCAACGGUGCCGGCACGACGGGAAGUCUCUGCAACGGUACAAGUCAGAGUAAUUUUAGUAACCAUGGGAAUUUCAGCAGCAACAUGAGGGCGAGCAAUGGGGGCACCAACGGCGGGCUCAGCAAUAACAUGAACACAGUUUCCACUUCAGCGCCUUCGCAGCAAGAAACCAAUCAGCAGAAUUCACCCAAUGAUUCAGGAAUCUCAUUGGCUGAAGGGGACCUGUUGGGCGUCCUGGUGGACGGAGGGGCGAGCAAGACAGCGGGAGGGAGCGAGCACGACUGAGAAAAGAAACAGCAUUUAAAACAUUUCUCAACAGCAAGGGCCAUGUUGCUUCUGAGAUUUUUUCCAUCUGGAGACAGCCUGCCCAUACGUGAAAAUUAUUCGUUCCAAGCACCGAGUAUUAAACUACUUGUAAUGCUAAAAGCACCUUAUGAGAUUUAAUGGUCAAGAUGUAAAGGAAAAAAUCAAAGAAAAUUUUUCCUCUACAGUGACAAGAGGCCAAAAUGUGUAUAUCCGUAACCUACGGUAGUCUUAAC